GGGUCUGGUAUGCCCUCGUGGUGUCAGCGAUGGCGGCUGCGUCUCGUUCGGUUCUGCUACAGCGCUGUGUUGUGCCGCCAGUUGGGAGGCACAGCGCCUCUCUGAUCUUCCUGCACGGCUCAGGUGAUUCUGGACAAGGAUUAAGAAGGUGGAUCAAGCAAGUUUUAAAUCAAGAUUUAACAUUCCAACACAUAAAAAUUAUUUAUCCAACAGCUCCUCGCAGGCCAUAUACUCCUAUGAAAGGAGGAAUCUCCAAUGUAUGGUUUGACAGAUUUAAAAUAUCUAAUGACUGCCCAGAACACCUGGACUCAAUUGAUGCAAUGUGUCAGGUCCUUACUGAUUUGAUUGAUGAUGAAGUAAAAAGUGGCAUCAAGAAGAGCAGGAUAUUAAUAGGAGGAUUUUCUAUGGGAGGAUGUAUGGCCAUGCAUUUAGCAUAUAGAAACCAUCAAGAUGUGGCAGGAGUAUUUGCUCUUUCUAGUUUUCUAAAUAAAGCAUCUGCUGUUUACCAGGCGCUUCAGAAGAGUGAUAGUGUGCUUCCUGAAUUAUUUCAGUGUCAUGGUACUGCAGAUGAGUUAGUGCUUCAUUCUUGGGGUGAAGAGACAAACUCAAUGAUAAAAUCUCUAGGUGUGAGUGCCAAGUUUCUUAGUUUUCCAGAUGUUUACCAUGAGCUAAGCAAAACCGAGCUAGAAAAACUGAAGUCAUGGAUUCUUACAAAACUACCAGGAGAAACGGAAUGCCAAAGGGAAUGAGUCGAGACUGAUUUGCUAAUACAUACAUACAGUAUCUUUGUGAAACUGAUUUUUACUGCCAAGUUAUAAGGAUAAAUAAUUAAAAUAUUAAGAAAUAA